AAUUAAAAUUAAAAUAUGCUCACAAACAAUCACACUGUUUUACACACUCCCCUACCUAUCCACCACCCAUUCUUCAUUUUCUGCUCCGGAACCAUAAUCGCUCCUAUUUAUUGUUCAUCAUAUUUGAUUUUCCUGUUUACAUUUGUUGUAUUAAUCUCUAUUCUUCAUUCCAGAAUUGAUCUGUUAUACAGUUUUACGUCAUGAUUUUGCCCAGAAGCAUGAUCUUUAAUUUAAAAUUUGCUGAUCGCAUUGUGGGGAGAUUAUGCCAUCUUUUUUUUCCUCUGAGAUGAAGUGAUCAAUUAGAGUAAUUGAUAUAGUGUUUGAAAUCAUUUGAGAUGCAAGAAGGAAACAUGUUUUUCGCUCGGCUGGACGAUUCGCCCAUGUUCCGUCAACAGAUCCAGUUGAUGGAAGAAAGUGCCGACACAUUAAAGGAAAGAAGUCUCAAGUUUCAUAAAGGUUGUCGAAAAUACGUAGAUGGGCUUGGAGAAGCAUAUGAUAAAGAUAUUUCUUUUGCAAGCGGCCUUGAAACAUUUGCAGGAGGACAUAAUGAUCCUAUCUCUGUUGCGUUUGGAGGCCCGGAUAUGGAAAAGUUUGCAAUUGUACUGAGGGAAAUUGGAACAUACAAGGAAACUCUUCGGUCACAGGUAGAGCUUGUACUGAAUGAGAAACUUACACAAUUCGCUAAUGUUGUUCACGACAUUAAGGAAGCCCACAAGCGCUUUGACAAGGCCACUGUUAUUUAUGAUCAGGUUCGAGAUAAAUUUUUGUCAUUGAGAAAAAGUGCAAGGAUAGAGAUAGCUAGCACCCUAGAAGAGGAAUGCCACAAUGCAAGAUCAACUUUUGAGCAAACACGCUUUAAUCUGGUUGGCGCCCUUUCAGCUGUCGAGGCAAAGAAGAAGUAUGAGUUUGUAGAGGCCAUUGGCAACACAAUGGAUGCCCAUCUUCGUUAUUUCAAGCAAGGAUACGAGCUAUUGCAUCAAAUGGAGCCCUGCAUUAAUCAGGUCCUGGCUUCUGCACAAGAGGCAAGGGAAAAUUCGAACCAUGAGAUAUCGAAUCUCAAUGAACGGAUGCAAGAUUACAUAAAGCAAGUUGAUGAAGCAGGAAAAAAGUCAGUUUGCAGGCCUACUGAAUCUUCACGUGUAGAUGCCACACAACCUGUUUUUAGAAGCUCUCAGAAAGUGAUAGAAGAAGUGAUGCAUGCUGCUGCUGGGGGAAAGGUACAAACCAUCAAACAAGGAUAUCUCUCUAAACGUUCCUCCAAUUUGAGAGGAGACUGGAAGAGAAGAUUUUUUGUUCUUGACAGCCGAGGAAUGCUGUACUAUUAUCGGAAGCAAUGGAGUAGGCCAUUCUAUGGAGGCAGCAGCCAGACUCCCAUGCACAAAAAUACCCCGUCUGAUUCAGGCUCCGGGAUAUUGAGUAGGUGGCUUUCUUCUCACUACCACGGCGGUGUACACGAUGAGAAAUCUGUAGCACGUCAUACGGUGAACUUGCUUACAUCAACAAUAAAAGUCGAUGAGGAGCAGGUUGACCUAAGAUUUUGUUUCAGGAUUAUUUCACCUUCAAAAAACUACACUUUACAGGCAGAGGAUUCAGCAGAGCAAAUGGACUGGAUAGAAAAAAUAACAGGAGUUAUUACUUCUUUGCUACAAGCACCCGAAGUGUUCUGUUUCAGUCCAGGUAGUGACUGCGGUUCAGUAGAAAGUCUAGAUCAUGAUUUAAAGACUACCCAAAGCUUUAAAACUAAGAAAGAUCGUUCAGCAAGAAGUAUAAUGCAAGCCACCAGAAGUACUCUAAAGUUUCAAGCUAAUUUGAAAAAGGAGAAGCCAAUCGAUGCAUUGAGUAAAGUGCCUGGAAAUGAUAAAUGUGCCGACUGCGGUGCACCUGACCCUGAUUGGGCAUCCUUGAAUUUUGGUAUUCUUAUAUGCAUUGAAUGCUCUGGCAUUCAUCGUAACCUUGGAGUGCAUGUAUCUAAGAUAAGAUCCUUAACACUUGAUGUGAAAGUCUGGGAACCUUCCGUCAUUUCUAUGUUUCAAGCGCUGGGUAAUGUCUUUGUCAAUUCCAUAUGGGAAGGAUUAUUGCGAGCAAAUAGAACUAUUCAAGCUGAUGAACUACCAAUACGGUCGUUUGAAUCUGAGAAAUACAGACAGUUUUUCACCAAACCUCAUCACGCUGGUCAAACAGCUCUUAAGGAGAAGUACAUCACAGCAAAGUAUGUAGAAAAAACUUUUGUUCCCAAACUAAAGGACAGUCAGCAACUUCUUUCAGCUGCUGAGCAAUUGUGGGAAAGCGUCAGUAAAAAUGACAAGAAAGCUGUCUACCGCCUUAUUGUUUCGUCAGAAGCAGAUGUCAAUGCAGUUUAUGGUCAACGAACAUCUGCAACGUCUAUAAGUUUAGCAAAUGUAAUGAAAUCAAACGAGCAGGAAAAUCCUGAUCUGAGUGUCCCUGCUAUGGAAGAUACCACCACGAGAUCACUAGGACUACAAGAGGACGAGCUUUUUGAUGGUUGUUCGCUGCUUCACCUAGCCUGUCAUUCAGCUGAUAUCAGCAUGGUAGAACUGCUCCUCCAGAAUGGGGCAAAUAUCAGUGCUUGUGAUUCCAAGGGUCAAACACCAUUGCAUCAUAGCAUUUCAAGAGGUGGAAAUGCAAUCACGAAACUCUUGCUCACAAGGGGAGCCAACCCCGAAGCUGUCGACAAAAGUGGUAAAACCCCUCUUCAGCUUGUCACAGAAUCAGCCAUCGAUGACGCCGAGAUCCUUGCUCUCAUGAAAAAUGCUGCCAGAUAGCACUUUUGCUAAAUUAAUUAUCAUCGAUGACGGCGAGAUCCUUACUACUAUAUCUUUACGAGUAGAAGAAGACAAAGUAUUGUAGAUAAUGUAGACUAGUUUAUUCUUUGUUGUAUAUAAACUGAACUUAUAUUUGAUUAAUGAACAAUGUAAAGAUGUUUAUACUCGUUUAGUUUGCAAAUAUAUAAAGGUCAAUUGGUAGUUUUUAA